AUGGAAACGGACACUGGAAUGAACCUUGUUGGAAGUAAUAAUCAUUAUCCUGUACAACUGACUCCUGCCAGAGUUGCAAUUCAUUUAUAUGGGGAUCACAGAGGAAUUUCAGUGACCAAUACGGACAACUCUCACUACUUGAUGUUGACGGGUGGCUGCAGUGCAAUCGUUACUGCCAAGAUUGGUCGAUCUACUCCUGUUUCUAGAACAGCAAUUCAUGUCGAGGCCAUUCAAAGACUUUUUAAUAGCUUGAAUAGUAUAAAGAAACUUGGAAAUAGUGUUAAAGACUUUAAAAUCACUAUGGCAUUCAUUGGAUUCACUGAUACCAAGUGCAUGGAUAUGUUUCAUGAAAGUACCAUCAAGUCAGAAAACUUGAAGAUUGAUGAUCAUUACCAUAGUGUAGAUAGUACGGAAGCUCUUGGUAGAGUCAAAAAAGGGUGUUCAUUACCAUUCAUUAUUUCAAUCAAAUUGGAUCUACUUUGCUACUCUGGCAAAUUUAUUGGUCAGCUCAUUCUUGCUGAUCUUGGAACUCCAAGUUACCGGGAUUUACCUGAUCGUAGUUCCUUGACCAUUCCAUACAACAUUUCUACCAUUCGUGAUUUGACUAGUAUGCUGGUCACUCCCGGUGCUGCUGGAGAACUCCCAUUCAACAAAUCAAUAUUUACUCAACUUGCUUCUGAAUUGUUUGGUGGAUCUGCCACUUCGCUGUACAUCCUUACUGCAGAUGUGGCCGAUUCAUCGUGCGUACCAAGUGAUGUUCAACCCUGCCUCGAGUUUUAUGAUCUGAUGCGCAAACUUCGUAACACCACUUCUGUAAACAAAGUAAGUGGUGAUGUACUAGAACUCGAAGCACGUAUAUUGGCUUUGGAAAGUAAAGCCAGUUUCUUUGGUCAAUGCCUUGUUGAUCUCGCUCAAGUUUCCAGCAAUGACAUGAUGGUGCUGAAGGCCAAAAUGGAUGAAUCUGACCAAGCAGUCGACGAUAUUAUGCUUGAUAUGGCGGAGCACAUUUUAUGUGAAAAAAAUGCUGCAAAAACUUUAGCUUUACAACUUCAUGCAGCUCAUACAACCCACGACGUUGACAUGAUGGCAGAAAAAGAGCACGUUCGUCGUGAAACAAUUCAAAAAGUGAAUUUUCGUCAUACCAUGGAAAACAUUGAACGGGUGUUGGUAGGAACAGAGGAAACCAAUCUCGCACUCGAGGAAAAAUUGACAGGCGCUGAGAAUAAAAUGAAGGAGUUGAAUAAGGAUACGGCUAAACUACACAAGCAGCUUUUGACAUCAUCUCAAAAACUACAACUGGUUGAAGUCGACUAUGCUGACAUUCAGCGCCAAUCUCAGAUCUACAUAGACAACAACGCCAAGCUAAUGACUGACAUUGAGCAGACCCGUAGUCAACUCGAAGCAAAAUUGGUCUUUGCCAAAGAGCUCGAAGAAAAGUAUGCCAAAGAAAAAACACGCCUUGAGGAGAUUGUGACAGAAUCCAAAGAGUCACACGAAAAGCUAUUGCAAAAGUGUCAAGAUUUGGAACAUGAACUGUUGUGUUUGAAUCAAAAGCACCAAUUGAGUAUUACCGAUGCUGAACGUAUUCAAUCCGAGUUGCUGAUCAAACACAACGAAACAACAAAAACCCUUGACAAGGAGCGUGAGGAUUGGAUGGCUGAACGCAACCAACUAUGUCUUGAUGUAAAAGAAUUGAAAGAGUCCAAAGCACAAGUAGAAAAAAGGUUGCAAGAAUCUACGCAAGCUGUGGAAAUAAUGGCCAAACAGUCAGCCAAAGCUCCCGAAAAAGAAAUCCAUAGCAUGGCAAUUGAGGUUGCGUUGAAGGAAAAUCUUGAUUUUAUCAAGGAUACGUUUGCUCGCGAACGACUUGAAUUGCAAGAACAGACAAAGACUUUGAUGGCGUUGGCUGCAACCCAGGAGACUACACUAGCAACUACCAAAAAGCAAGCAGCAGACAAGAUAAACCCCACUGCGAAAAAAACUGCUUCAAAACCCAUAGUCAAAUCUGUGAAACCCAAAAACAAUUCCUCCAAAACAUCUGCCAAGCAAAAGGAUAGUUCUAGAACCAAGGAGUAUGAUGAAACUUUGGAUACGAGUAUUGAUUCGAUUCCUGAAAGAAACGACGAGGGAUCUGCCAGUUUUAUCGUUUCGGAGGAUGGAGACGCCAUCAAGGAAAUCUCUCCAAUACCCAAACGACCUCGACGCAAGACACGUCAACCACUAAGUGAGCUCAGUGAAGCAAAACAGCCAUCACUUGCUCUUGAAAAGCCGCUUGCUGAACAUCCAAAACGCAAAGCAAAGUCUAUUGAAAAACCUGACGUUGCUGAGAAAACCGGGUUAAAUCUUGAUGGUGCUGACAAGAAACGCAAAAUCAAUACUGAUACUACGAAGCCGAGUUUUGUACCCGAGGAUAAUGGCGAAUAUAUUUUGAAACAGACUGAUCAGCCUUCUGCGUCACUUUCAGGCUUUUUGUCAUUCUUAUCUGGGAGCAAAGAAAAGGAACCCUCAUGUGAUGCUUUAUCCAAUACCACCUCAGUUCCAUUGUUAAGCACAGUUGCUCCUAAACUUCCAAAACAUGUUAUUGAUCAACGUCGUUUAGCUAUUCUCAGAAGUAAGCCAGCCGAGUAA